AAAGAUGCAGGCUGCUGCCGUCGCUCUGACUGUACUGAGCGCUGUCUUCAGCCUGGACUGUCUGUCUGCUCACCGGUCCAAACCCAACCAGAUUCAUCACCAGAGUGACGGAAAUGCUCGACAUGAGGAGACGCCACCGAAGCAGAAGAAGCAGCCGCACAUUAUAUUCAUCCUCACUGACGACCAGGGCUUCAACGACAUAGGUUACCAUAACCCGACCAUCAAGACUCCCACGCUGGACAAGCUGGCGGCCGAGGGCGUGAAGCUGGAGAACUACUAUGUUCAGCCCAUCUGCACACCGUCACGCAGCCAGCUCCUCACCGGCAGAUAUCAGAUCCACACAGGACUGCAGCACUCCAUCAUCAGACCUCGCCAGCCCAGCUGUCUGCCUUCACACAUGGACACGCUGCCCGAGAGGCUCCGAGAGGCCGGAUACACCACCCACAUGGUCGGCAAGUGGCACCUGGGCUUCUACAGGAAGGCUUGCCUGCCCACCAGAAAGGGUUUUGACAGUUUCUUUGGUUCAUUAACAGGAAGUGUGGAUUACUACAGUUACGGGUCCUGCGAUGGCCCGGGUCUGUGUGGGUACGAUCUCCAUGACGACGAGGGCGUGGCGUGGGGCCAGGAAGGAAAGUACUCCACCGUGCUCUUCACACAGAGGGCUCGCAAGAUCCUCGAGAGUUACGACCCGACGGACAAGCCGCUCUUCCUACUGUUCUCCCUACAGGCGGUUCACACUCCUCUUCAGACCCCAAAGUCCUACAUCUACCCGUACCGUGACAUGGCCAACGUCGCCAGGAGGAAGUUUGCCGCCAUGGUUUCUACAGUGGACGAGGCGGUUCGUAAUGUCACCUACGCCCUCCGAAAGUACGGAUACUACCGGAACAGUGUUAUCAUCUAUUCUACUGACAACGGUGCUCAGCCGUUCACAGGCGGGAGCAACUGGCCGCUACGAGGACGCAAGGGUACGUACUGGGAGGGAGGAAUGCGUGGAGUGGCGUUUGUACACAGUCCUUUGCUGAAACGCAGGAGACGGGUCUCUAAAGCUCUUCUUCACAUCACUGAUUGGUUCCCCACACUGGUGGGCCUGGCGGGGGGAAACAUAAGCCAGAGUCAGGGUCUGGAUGGUUUUGAUGUUUGGCCCACCAUCAGCGAAGGAAAGGACUCACCUCGCCAGGAGAUCCUUCAUAACAUCGACCCGCUGCACAAAUCUCCUGGUGCAAGUACGACUGCACGAUAUGGACAAAUUAUUCCCCCGCAGCCAGUGUGGGACACAUCAGUCCAGGCUGCCAUCAGAGUUGGAGACUGGAAGCUGCUAACAGGAGACCCAGGCCAUGGAGACUGGGUCCCACCACAGGUUCUUCCCACUCUCCCGGGUCGCUGGUGGAACCUUGAACGAGGCUUUUCGAUAUUCUACAAAUCCCCCAUCCACAAAAACGUGUGGCUGUUCAACAUCACGGGCGACCCGUACGAGCGGCAGGACCUGGCAGACCAGAGACCCGACGUGGUGCAACGGCUGCUGGCCCGCCUCGUCUACUACAACCAAACGGCCGUACCGGUUUACUUUCCACCCGACGACCCGCGAGCCAAUCCCAGCCAGCACGGAGGAGCCUGGGUCCCCUGGGUGGAUGAAGAGGAGGAUAACGAGGGAAAAUAUGACGGGGUCUACAAGAAAAAUAAGAAUAAGAAGAAGAGGAAGAAGAAGAAGUGCCAGCUGUGCAAGCUGAAGUCGUUCUUUCUGAAACUGAACACCAGGAUGAUGUCCAAUCGGAUCUGA